AUGGUGCAACAACUGACGCUCUUUUCCAACACGAACGCAUCAUUAUCCUACGGUGCCUUGUCAACUGACACACCGCCCAAGAAUUCUGUGCCAAGCCCUCGUCGCCGUCUUACUCAAUGGUACAUUAAUAUGGUGCUCAUCAACUUUGUCGAAUUUGCGGCUGAAUCCUCCCGCGGUGUAGUAUUGGCUACACUUUUCCUUUACACCAAGUCACUGGGCGGAGACUUGGCUUUUAUGGGACUCUUGACGUCGCUCUUUUCAGUAGGUAGACUCAUUUCGUCCACAAUCUUUGGCUGGAUGUGUGACCGCUACUCUUUCCGCUCGGUCUACCUCGUGUCGUCAGGUGUCUGCCUGCUCGGCAAUCUCAUCUACCUUAUGGCCGACAAUCAUGUAACCGACAGCUUAAUUGUGCUGGCUUCGAGUCGCUUUAUCGUCGGAUUUGGAGCUGGCAACCGUAGUGUCUGUCGUGCUAACGUCGCAGCCAUGACAACUGUCAAUCAGCGCUUGCGGUACCUCACAAUUUUGGCGACGGUCGUGUUCCUUGGUUAUGCAUUGACGCCAGGACUUGGUAGUCUCGUGGCCGAAGUGGAUGUGUUCUUUUGUGGCAUGCACUUCAACAAGUUCACAUCACCAGGGAUGAUCCUUGCGAUUUUUAACGUGUUAACGAUCGUCGCCAUGCUGACCGUUUACGAUUCGUCCAUAGGCAUCCAUGAUGGCCCUGUCGAGUCUCCGAACCUUUCUGCCAUGAAAAAUUCGUUGUCCCAUUUGACGUCCAUGCCCGAACGCAUCGUGACCAUUGGUACCAUGGUGUUUAUCUUUCUCAACUUCAAUGCUCGUGGUAUUCUCUCGGUCUUUGAGACGGUGAACAUUCCUCUUUUCCUUCAGGUGACAGGCAGCGACCCUAAUAGUGUCACCGCUGUUGUAAACGCCUCCCACUUCCAAUUCUACUUGGGUCUACUGGGUCUCGUUACGUACUUCUUUAUUGAAUACUUCCGCAAGUGCAUCACUGAUGUCAGCUGGGUGCAACUUGGAUUCGCGUUUCUGCUCUCGGGAAACAUUUUACUUGUUCUGAUGCCAGCUUCUCUGACAUUUGGUCGUCUUGCAGUCGCGGAGCUUUUGGUGUGGAGCAUCGGUUGCCCGAUCACGACUGCGGUUGUAGUGGCUGCAUUCUCCAAGCUUCUCGGUGGUCGGCCGCAGGGUACGCUUAUGGGUGUGCUUGGCUCUGCUGGUUCCGUUUCGCGCAUUAUUCUACCGCUUUUGCCUGCAGCUAUUCCAACGCUGACUCCAGUCUUCCUGAUCAACAUUACGCUGUGUGCUCUCAGCGUUGCAAUGCUGUACUGGUAUAGCGGUGUGGUGUACAGGACGAAGAUGGCGAUGGUCUCAGACGUUGAAAAUGCAUUUCGGACUGCAUCUCCUGUGAACGACUCCCGUUCACCACUAGGUUCUGACAAUGUCGAUUAUGAUCACAAGUAA